GAGCUCUUUGAAUUACUCCUUGCACUCCACAGCACGCAUCGACCACGCGCACGCAAACGAUACCCUCACGUUUCUGCUCACAAGUUACAAUACACACACAAAAAAGAUUUGUAGACCAACGAAAAGGUGAGAAAGAAGCAUAAAACCACGCCACUGCUCGCUAGGGAAAAAGCCGCAAGAGAACACGGAAGUUUCGCUGUCGACGACACAUGCCGGUCGAACUCAAGCUGAAGAAUUCGUCUUCGACGAAAUCGGCGAAGCGACGGUCGAAACGUGACAGUUCACGGAAUAAAGACACAAAGAAAUCCGUUGACAACGACGGUCAAUGUGGCAGCGAUACGUUGCCCGAGCCGAUUCGCUACCUCGGCGGCAAGCAACGCACCGAUUUUCAGCGCUCCAAGCACCACAAACACUUUGAGGAACUCACUACCGUCAUCUGCGCCUCCAGCCACCCUCUCCGUGCCCUCGCCGCCACAGAGGCGUCUGCCGCAAACACCGCAGGUAGGCGGGGCGCAAAUCCUGCCUCCGUUGGACCGUCGCCUUCCUCACCGGCAUUUUCUGCCUAUGCUUUUCCGAUUCUGUCUGUGGGUUACCUGGCGCGUGCGAUGGGCCUCAACGUGUCCAACGAGCAGGUUGCUUCUAUCGUUGAGCUCAUCGAGGAGGGUGGAGUAUCCACCGGUUUCGUUGAUAAGAGAAAACUAGAGCAUGUUCUUGUAGACGCCUUACUAACGGGUACCAUUGGCGGCUCUACGCUUCGUGAGUUUGCGGUGGCCGCAGCCGCGUCGAGUGAGGAGGCCAACGUGGGGAAACUUUCUCUCGAGCGAUUAGAGCGGUUUGCGCCGUCUCUCUGCGCCCGUGACAGCGACGCGACUCUCCUGCGGGCCUUUGAGGCUCUUGACAUGGGGCGGAAAGGCUACCUAGAGUUGUUGGACCUCCAAGCUACCUUGGCGGCAGGGGGUGAGAGGUUCUCCAGCGAGGAAGUGGACGAGAUGUGGAUGGCCAUGCGAGACCCUGAGACGGACCGCAUCUACUACCGUGACUUUGCUGACGUCCUUGCACGCGAGUAA